ACUGCUGCGCCAAUCGACUGCAAGGUUUUGUCCUGACGGCCUGGUCACGUGACAAUGAAAGCUUCAGCUACCAAGACCAAACCCCGCAGCCCCAGAAGGUUUACCAGCUGAUGUUUCCCGCCAACAACACACCAGUAUCCCGAGUUGGGAUCCAGGGCACUUACAGCGAUCCAGUACCUUUCUUUAUCCUGACUUUGUGCGAGGUUGAGAUAUACGGGGACACGGUCUGCCCAGCUGGCAAGUAUGGGCGUGAGUGUGAGCACACAUGCAAAUGUAGCGGUGAGUGUUUCGUGAGCACCGGGGGAUGCCCUUCAGUAUGUCCCGCAGGCUAUCACGGGAAGGACUGCCUCAGCCCGUGUCCAUACCAACUGUAUGGCUUGGGAUGUAGCAGCAACUGCAGUCUCAUGUGUAAAGACGAUGGAGGGCAACUUUGUGAGCCCGCGUCUGGAAAAUGUUUGGCGGGAUGCCGUCACGACUAUAAGGGAUCACAUUGUCCAGCUGCGCCAUCUAGCGGCUCAUCUCAAGAUUCCUCAUUGGUCGGGGCAUCGGUUGGAGCUGCAAUUGCUGUUUUCCUGGUCGCUGUUGCAGCUUUAAUCGCCUUCAUAUGUUGGAAGAGCCGUGGGAAUUCAACUUCUGUGAGUCGGCUUGUUGCAAAGAGCAGCAUAGAUGUAGUCGUAGGCAGUCAGGAAGUCAUGAUGUCUGAGAUACCCAAGUUCAAGAUCUCUGAAGUUGGUAACAGUGAGAAUACACACGUAAUGCCACAAGCCACCAAUGGAGAUUAUUACAACUUUACUCCACUUUCUCAAGCUAGCAGUUACACCCGUAUUGCAGUCAAGGAGCUGGGCGUUUUUAUGUCCACACACGAUAACAGUUUCUUUCAAGAACAGUUUGCUUCGAUCCCUGCCAACCUGGAGGCCACUAUGGUAGUUGGUCAAAGCAGUGAGAACAAGAACAAGAACCGAUACAAGAACAUUUGUGCAUAUGACCACUCGAGAGUACACUUGCAGAUUGGUAAACACAAGAAACAUGGAGACUACAUCAACGCUUCAUAUGUUCAGGGUUAUCAAGGAGAAGAAUUGUUUAUAGCAUCACAAGGGCCAACGAAAGCUAUCCUCGGAGAUUUCGUGCAGAUGUUGUGGGAGCAGCAAGUGGACAAAGUGGUUAUGCUGACCAACCUUGUGGAGCAAGGAACGCACAAAUGUGAGAGAUACUGGCCCGAAGAUGGCGAGAUCAAACUUGGAGAGGUCACGGUCAAACUGGCAACCACACAAGUGUUUGCCGACUACACCAUCAGGAUUCUACAAUUGUCCACGAAAGGUGGACCGGUCCAAACUAUAACCCACUUUCACUUCACGUCAUGGCCUGACAAGGAUGUCCCCACUGCUCCCUGGGGACUGGUGGAUUUCGAGCAGAGGGUGGCUUCCUACCCGACUAGCAAGCCCAUUGUUGUACACUGCAGCGCAGGAGUUGGCCGUACCGGCACCUUCAUUGCGUUAAGAAACCUCAUGAGACAGGCUGAGGACACUGGCUAUGUGGAUGUCUUCGCUACGGUGACAAUGUUGCGUCGAAGCCGGGUCAACAUGGUGCAGACAGCUGGUCAGUACGAGUUCCUCCAUCAGUCAGUGCAGGUUGCCAUUCUAUGCAUCGGUACAACAGUGACUUCCAGAGACGUCAAGGGCAGAAUCCAGACACUCUCACUGACAUCAGACACCGGACACACCAACAUGGAGAAGGAAUUUCAGGCAGUCUGUAGCAUUUGUGACGAAGACAAUGACAAGCCAGCAACAGACAAUGAAGGAUCCCACGACAACAAGCACACAGCAGACAAUGAAGGAUCCCACGACGACCACAACACAGUCUACCAAAACAGCCUGGCUGUGGCCAACUUGCCCAAAAAUAGAUUCAGCCACAUUUUACCCAAGGAGUCCUACAGAGUGAUCUUACAAUCUGGAGUCGACGGGGCAGACAACUACAUCAAUGCUGUGUUUGUUCCGAGUUUUACCAAACAGAACCAACACAUCCUGACCCAGCUUCCCCUGCCCACCACAGUCAGUGACUUCUGGAGGUUGGUCGUUGAGUACAAGGUGUCGUUCAUUGUGGCUUUUGAGGCAGACUCGAGUUUGACAGAUGAGACUGUGGGAACAUAUCUACCGCAAACAGAUCAUGAAGUGCUGUUCUCUGAUCAGUUUAACAUCAGCACAAAACAAGUCACAUGUGAAAACCUCUGGCAACAACAGGAAGUGGUCGUCACAAGUACUACCAGCAGGACAAAGCGGAAGUCUUCAGUUCGACUAAAUAGAGACACACACCUGACCCACCUGAAGUGUACCAGCAAUGACCUAGAUCCAGGAAAUCUGUUGACCCUGGUAAAGCAGGUCCGAUCACUGGCUCCAGCAGGUACAGACAAGAUUGUGUACAUGUGCAGGAACGGAGCAGAUUACUGUGGCCUGGUAUGUAUAUUGUCCCUCCUGCUAGACAGAAUAGACAGUGACCAGCGGCUGACCAUUCCCUUGGUGGUUGGAGCCAUCAAGGCUAUAAGACCACAAGUCAUCCCCACUUUGACACAAUACAAACUUUUGUACGAUGCCAUCAACUUGUACAUCGACUCGGUCAAUGUCUACAGUAACUUCUGA